GCCUCUACUAUCAACCCCACAGGCGUAACCCACCGCAUUACUGCCGGGUCCACAACCGCAAACUCAGGCCUGCACUUCGAGCCCGAAAACGUCGUCGCUCUCCCUGGCGACCUGAUCGAAUUCCACUUCCUACCCAAAGCGCACUCAGUAGUCCAAUCCUCCUUCGCCCAACCCUGCGCACCACUCAACACCCCCGACGCCUUUUUCUCCGGCUUCAACUUUAACACUACAGCCGGUGAAGCUCCCAACGUUUUCACGUUCAUGGUCAAGGAUACGAAGCCCAUAUGGUUCUACUGCUCGCAGACGAAUGGGGAUCAUUGCCAGAGGGGCAUGAGUGGGGUUAUUAACCAGGAUUUCAGUGACAAUGAGAAGACGUUGGCGAAGUAC